AUGGCUAUGGAAGGGGACGAGGAUACGGUUAUGGGAGAGGCGGGUUCCCAUAACUCAACUCAGGUUGCCUCACAUCUACACGCUUCUAACGAGGAACCACUCCCCGCACAGCUGAAUGACGGAUCUGACCCAUGGCUUGUACCUCCGCUUCUGGAGCAAUCCGUGAGAGUGCCGCUACCCAUUCAACCGAGCAAUUUACCUGCCCCAGAACCUGUUGCUGCGUCGGACAAUCAGGGAGCUUCACCACCUAAAAGUUUGCCGAAAUCGGUAGACUCUGGGGAUGCAACUACAGAGGACCAGGAAAAACAAGAUAGCCUUGUCGAAGAUAAUUCCGAUUGGUCUGACGAAGAGUUCUCCGUUCGCACGGGUCUUCCUGUUGCUUCACUCCCGUCAGGGUUAUGCUAUGAUGUUCAAAUGCGCUAUCACUGCGAAGUGCGGCCGACUGCUGACGUUCACCCGGAAGACCCAAGAAGAAUCUACUACAUCUACAAAGAGUUAUGUCGAGCAGGGCUCGUUGAUGACCCAGAGUCGUCUAGGCCUCUUGUAGCAAAGCCUCUGAGCCGAAUCAAUGCUCGUAAUGCUACAGAGGAAGAGGUUUCCCUUGUUCACACGCCGGAUCAUUUUGCAUUCGUGGAGAGUACGAAAGAUAUGUCUGAUGAUGAGCUUAUUGCUUUGGAGCAUACUCGUGACUCAAUCUAUUUCAAUAAACUGACCUUUGCAUCUUCGCUCCUAUCUGUCGGGGGAGCAAUUGAGACAUGCUUGGCUGUCGCUACUCGGAAAGUGAAAAAUGCUAUUGCUGUUAUUCGCCCUCCAGGCCAUCAUGCCGAGCACGACAAAACAAUGGGAUUCUGUUUAUUCAACAAUGUCUCUGUUGCAGCUCGCGUUUGUCAGAGGGAGCUUGGAGAGGAUUGCAGGAAAAUCAUGAUUCUUGAUUGGGAUGUCCAUCAUGGGAACGGUAUCCAGAAAGCAUUUUACGACGACCCGAAUAUUUUGUACAUCUCACUCCAUGUUUACCAGGAUGGAAAGUUCUACCCAGGAGGCGACGAAGGCGAUUGGGACCAUUGUGGAAGUGGUGCUGGCCUUGGAAGAAACGUUAACAUCCCCUGGCCAAGCCAAGGAAUGGGUGAUGGGGACUAUAUGUAUGCGUUUCAACAGGUUGUAAUGCCGAUCGCACAGGAAUUUAAUCCCGAUUUAGUAAUAAUUGCCUCUGGGUUUGAUGCCGCCGUGGGCGAUGAGCUUGGGGGAUGCUUUGUUACACCUUCUUGUUAUGCUCACAUGACGCACAUGCUUAUGACUCUUGCGAAUGGCAAGGUUGCCGUGUGCCUAGAGGGUGGAUAUAACUUUCGGUCAAUUUCGAAGUCCGCUCUUGCAGUCACAAAAACACUCAUGGGAGAUCCACCUGAUCGGCUUCACUCAACGUCGCCUUCGGAGCUUGCAACUUCCACGGUGAGACGGGUAAUUAUGAUCCAGUCUUAUUAUUGGAAGUGCAUGUUUCCCAAGGCCGCACAGAACCAAGGAAACUGGACGGAUAGACUCCAUGAUGUUAUUCGGUCCUACCAGGCCAAACAACUCUAUGACAACUACAAACUCACUUCCCUCUACAUAUACCGGAAUGCCAUAUCCAAAUCAUUUGAGAAUCAAGUCUUGGCCAGUCCGAACUAUUACCAGCGCACGCCGCUUCUGGUGAUCUUCCAUGAUCCACCUAAAAUUAUGGGCCUGCCUCACCCAGUUACCAAUAAACUGGAGGCUCAUAACUGUUGGCUUGCUGAUGUUAUGAAGGACUAUAUCGGCUGGGCAAUCGGCAAAGGAUACGCUGUGAUUGAUGUUAACAUACCAAAACACGUGACAAACAAUUCGUCAUCAGUCAAGUAUGAAGAGGAAGAUGAGAACCGACCCACUGCCACCGAGGAACUAGCGGGGUACUUGUGGGAUAACUAUAUCGAACCCAAUGAGACUACCGAGAUCUUUUUAAUGGGAAUUGGCAAUGCUUUCUUCGGGGUUGCCAAUCUCCUUAUCAAUCGAGAUAAUUUGUAUAAACGGGUCAAUGGUGUUGUCUCUUUUGUCGCCGAAAACCCAGUUCGGGCAAUCGCCUCACAUACCCAGGUUUGGCUGUCAAGAUGGUACAAAGAUAAUUCGCUCGUAUUUGUUUCACACACGCAUGGAGUUUGGAAUGGCGAUACUCGGCGUAAGCCGUCCAAACGUUACGGGCAUCUUAUUGAGUCGCCCAAAGUAGGACUGAGUGAGAUGUUGAUGCAUCAUAAGAAUGAAGUAUUCGAGUGGAUCCAAGAACGCGCCGAUGGACGAGAGCGCGAAGAGGUGGACGAAUAG